AUGGUGUCCCUGUGGCCCCGCGUGGCACCGGCCCCGGGCCCGCGGGACGGCCGGGCCGCGGUACGCCUGGCCACCUGGGACCUUCAGCGCUGCUCCAGUGAAAAGGCCAACAACCCUGGCGUCAAAGAGGACAACAUCCAGAUCCAGCAGCUGGAGAGCAAGGUGGCCCGUCUGCUGGGGGAGGUCAACACAGAGGAGAAGCAGGCACUGGAGCAGGAGACGGCCCAGCUGACCAGUGCCCUGGAGCAGAGGACCCGGACCGCCCAGCUGCUCAGCAUCCAGCUCAAGGAGCUACAGGACGACAUCCGCUGUGUGAGGAAGGAGGCAGAGAGAACUGGAGCAGAGAACCGAGAGAUGACAACCAAGAUGGAGGAGCUGCAACUGUUCAACGACACCUCGGACAAGGAGCUGAAGAAGCUCAGGACGACCAAGCAGGACACCAUGGUGGAGGAGAACAUGGUGAAGCUUGCGCUGCGGCGCCUGAGGGACCUGCUGUACAACAGAGCGGAUGGCGUGCUGUCCAGGGAGAAGAGGAGGCUGCAGCUGCAGACGGCCAUGAAGGAGCGGGAGGAGGAGAUCAGAGUCCACCGCCAGAUGCUGGCCAAGGAGAUGAAGAUCGCCCAGAAGGAGAGACAGGAGCUCAGUGUGGAGGUGAACCAGAGGCUGUCCAAGGUCGACAUGAUGAAGAAGUGCUAUGAGGUCUUGACCAUCUCCAUGGUGACACCCGAAGGAGAGGAGGACAAAUCACAGGCUUACUACAUCAUAAAGGCGGCCCAGGAGAAGGAGGGGCUCCGGCGGAAGGGGGACGACCUGGACGCCAAGAUCCGCAAGAUGGAGACCGAGAUCCCAGCGCUGGACAACACCAUCCAGCUGGUCAACAACUGCAACUCGUCCUACCGCAAGUCCUUCCACAGAGUGUUCGAGUCCGGCCCGGAGCAGGAGGAGAAGAGCAGGCUGGAGGAGCAGCUGCGGGCAGCAGAGGAGAAGCAACGGUACAGGAGGAGGCAGAUCAGGGAGCUGCAGGACGACCUUCAGGGGAUGAACAGGACCAUGGAGUUGCUGAGGCAGGAGGAGCAGGCUGAGUGCGAACGGACGCACAGCGCUCAGUUACACGUGGCUCAGCUCAACAAGGAGGUCGAUUCCCAGAAGGAGAAACUGGAUCGAGUCACUAAACAGUGUUCCAAGUUGACCAGAGAGACCCGGUCUGCCAAGAGCGGUGCGGGGCGGAGCUUCGAGGAGCGGGACAUGGAGCUGAGGGAGACAAGGGACUUCAACCUCAGCGUCGGCCGCACACUGCUGGAGGCGGUGGAGGACACGCCCCCCCUCCGGGCCUCCAUCCACCAGUACUUUCUGCAGGCCAACCUGUCCCUGCCCUCCCCCUCCUCCACCCGCCAGAGCUCCAGGACCAGCUCUGCUCGCAGCUCAGUCUCCCUGAGGUCCUCCGCCUCCUCCUCUGCAAGCAACAGUCCCAGGGGCUCAACGCUGUGCUCUCUCACCACCAGGACCCUGGAGCUGGGCCUAGGUCUGUCUGUCACCUCCCCAACUCCGGCCGGGUCCCCGGGCCCAGGCAGCACCAACAGCAGCAGUGGUAGUAGUGGAAUUCGCAGCAGCAGACGCAAUAGCCCCUAGUGUCGGUUCGAUACUGGUUUCCGGAAGUUGACCCCCCGUCGGCCAUGAAUACGUUAUACGUCUGUGUUUAGAUGAUGGAAGAGAUUGCGUUAUGUUGCUUGUUAAAGGAUUGUUAAAGGUAAUGUUUUGCAUGUGAUUUGUCUUCACACAGUGGGGGAUAUUCAGUGUAUAUAUUUUUAAUUUAAUUUAGAGGUUCCAGAAAUGAUCCCGCAUCUUGCUGGAGGUUGACAUGUUCAGACCCAGCCAGAGAGAGAGUCUGGGGGCUGGGGACAGGGCAUCGUAGCUCCCUGUAGGAUUAGGCAAACAUGUCACAUGAUAUCCCAUUCACAGGAAAUAGCUUGUUUCCGUGGUUGGACACAACUGGUUGGACAAGGGGGAGGUUCCUAGCCACCUGAGUAUAUAAAGUCAGUGGGCCGUUGCACACUUUCCAAAGCAGUCCCUCUUGAUUGUUCCCUCACCCAUAUCUUGAGGGAAUCAAAGAGGAGAGUUGGUGUUCACCUGUAUUAAUUCCGACAGAGACCACAUCCGCACACGUUCACAUCCAGACGAUUUUUUCCUGCCAAGUUCAAACUUUCUGGGAUUUUUUGAACCCAGACAACAUGUUGCUUGGUGUUUUCUUUGCAUUUUGGUUGGCACCUUCUGCUGCGCAAACUACAAGUAAGGAAAGUUUCGUUAUUUAUUGUAUUCCAGAAUAACGAAAUAGGCCUAAUGGGGGAUAAAUUGUAUGAAGACUUUUUCUAAAUCAUUUCAUGUUCUAAUUCACUACAAUUAAAUAUUGACAUAAGUGGAGUCAUUCAGCUAAUACUGUUCUUUUGUGCUAGCUAUGUAAAAUAUUUUGCGACAGAGCUGAUAAGUUCAGUGUAUCAUCCGAUCAUUUGAUCAUUCCAUUCAUGCAUCCAAACGAAAAAACGAGUCAAAUAGUUUUUCUGUUUUUUCUUCAUGCACCAACAUUUUUAUAAUGGUGUUUGUUUUCCUAUUCUCAGCUCGAAACGGAUAUUAUAAUAAACAAGGAAACCAAAACUAAAUAAAGAAUUGACUUAUUUCUUUAUAUAUCUUCCCACUUCGCAUGCUUUUGCGCAUACGCAAUGUAGCUAUAGUCGCUCGGUGUGUGCCAACACACUGGUGUAACACCAAAUUUUGUGACCCCAAGUGUGAGUCCAAGGGUCGCUGUUGCACAUUUUCUGCAACAUGCAGGAGUUUGAAGCAUAGACAGGCAUGAAUUCCAAGUGCGAAAACAUGCAGAAGCUUAAAAUUUAAAACUAGUCAUUGAUCGCUCAAAAUAGGUGCAUUCAUUGCAAGGGCUAAUUUGAGCAAGUUGAGUGGCUGAAGCAAAACGGUUGAUUUGCCUCUGUGCUGGCAUGAAGAUGAUGGCUCUUUCUUUCUUGAUACAAACGUGCAGCCUACUUCUACUUCUGCGACCUCCAUGGAAUCAUCACAAGCGCCUACUGUCACGUCUUUUGCAAUCCUCAGAGCGACCAUUCAGUCUCAGUCUUCUUUAAUUAAUCGAGACAUUAAGCUACUUUUGGAAAAGCUCUCUGAAGUCAUCCUUAAAUUUCGACCAGACCUGAAGAUCAAAUGAACUACAACAUACGUCCCUGUGGUCCAGAACGGGGGCAUUUCAACCGGCACAGAGGUGGGCCUGCCUGAGGAGGUCCUUGAGAACGACAGUGCCGAGGUGUCUGAAUCAACUGAGGUCAUACUGACGUUGAUGGAUUCAGAGUGUGACAGCAGGACUCUGCCAACAGCAAGAAUUAUCCCAUCACCUGGUAAAAAGAAGAAACACAUAAGCCUACAAGAGGAGUUUCUGGAGUUGGAGAAGGAGAAGCUGUUGGUGAUGCGAGAGAAAUUAAAUGUUGAGAAGGAGAGACUGAAAUUGGAUAAAGAAAAAUUUGAAGUAUUUUAUUUACCACGGGAACAAUAUUGUGAACUUAUUUGAACAAUGAAAUUAAAUCAUUUGCACACUUAUUUAAAUUUGAUUGAGUUAAACUGUUAAUUGAUUUUUUAUAUUGUUGAAUUAAACAUUUUACAUCAAAUGGGUAUGUUUUCUUUUUAAUUAUCUUAUCUAAAAUAAUGCACCAUCAUGUAUGCCAUCAUGGCCUUCCUCCUCAUCUUCAACCAUGGCCGGGACGUCCUCAGGGUCUGGGAGAUUAGCAAUCCUGCAUAUGUUGUGCAACACAGCAUCCCACUCUGUCUUAAAAAAGCCUCCUUAAUCUGCUGCAGCUCUUUUCCACAAGGAAACUGAAUGUAUUUCUUUGCAAGAUUGCAGAUGGCAUUGGUGACCUCCCUGAGAUUGCUUGAAAUACAUGGCUGUGAAACCGAAGACAGGCUUGCAACCUCAGUCUGGAAGUCUUGGCAAAAAAAGCAUUUGUUAGAGCAUUUUUUACCUGCACAACCACUGGCAAGGCUCCAUGUCUCCUUGCAGGCCUCUCCAGAGCAGGACGUAAUUCUUCCACCAAAUUCAAAAUUAACUGUCUUGGCAGGCGAUAAUGUGAUAUUAAAAUAUGGUCCGGAAAAUGUAACACGUCAUUAUGCAGUCUCAGUAGCCUUUCAGUCAUCACGUUUCUGUUUUUAUGUUCGUCCUCGUCUUCAUUGUCACACAGCAGACCCACUAGCAGUGCUGCUGCCAUUUUUUAAAGUUAUUGACAGUUAUUUUGAACUUAGGUGACAGGGUGUA